AUGGCCAACAAUCAGAUGGCUGCAACCGUCACCAUCCCAACGGUUGGCUUAGUAAGGUGUAGAUUAGAAAAGAGGCUAAGAGUCCCAAGAUGUGCCAGGUGCUGGUUCUAUGAACAUAGGACAGAUAAAUGCCAAGCCACAGAGCGGAAGGAGAGCUGCUUUAGAUGCGGAAAAGACGGCCACAUUGCCAAGGAGUGUGACAACGAGGAAGCCUGCCCAGUCUGCAACGAGACGGGCCAUAAGCAUAACAGGAGACAUUCUUUGGGCAGGUCACCACCGAGAGAUACGGUGGUAAGGAGGGAUUCUUUUAUAGAGAUGGAAGGAGACAUUAACUCUAUUUUAAUAGAAUCCGACAAGGAAGAGUCAGACGAAAGGAAAUCCAAAAGAAAGAGAGUGGAAAGCCCGUACGCAAACGAGGAAAGGAAAGUACUAAGGGAAGCCUUGAAAAAAGUCGAAAUGAUCUCCGAAAGUCUCGGCAAACUAGCCACGGAGAACACUAAUACAAAGAAGGAAAUAAAAGAAAAAAUAAAAAAACUGUCAAGGGCAGUACAAAAAUUGAGUGUCGUUACGGAAGAUUUUAUAGAAAUAAAAGGACAAGAAAGAAUAAAUCCCCCAGAGGAGAAAGUGACAAAGAUAAUCACAACAAACCGGUGUAGUAGAUGCGAAUCUGAGGAGAUCACAAAAGAGGAGGUCGAAACUGUCGUAGAGGAGGGAAAGUGGGAGAGAAUUGAUGAGAUUUGUAAUGAGCGUUGGGAAACGAACGCAUACCUGACAACAAGAAUUGGAAAGGGCAACCCCACGAACAUAGGCGGGGAAAACCUGGACAUAGCGCUUCUUUUCGACCCGGAGAAGGGACCGGAUUGUAUAAAUCUCGCUGGCCAAAGGCACAUCAAAGACGUAAUCGACCUGGGGAAAAUUAAAAAGGGGAUGGUGGCCACCCUAGAGAAUACUAGGAGGCUUGAAAUCGAUGGCGAAACCCUUACAAAAAAAACAGGGAGAGCUAACUUCCUGGCUGGGCUAGCCCCAUCAGACGAAGGAAACUUUAAACUCCUUAUGGAAAUAAGGAACAGAAUGGAACAGACCGAAUCCGAAAAACUUGUGAUGGUCAGUGACCCACCCGGGGGCCAUAACGGAGAAGUUCCGGAAAAUAGUGGAAUGUGUCUUUUGGGGGAGAAAUAA